GCAAACAAGUCAUGGUUGCAGUGUUUGCUGCCAUUUGUAGGUCACGAUGUGGCGUAGAGUUAGCAUUCUGUCCUCUCUGCUGGUCUUUGCGUGUCCAUGGAUCCUACAUGGGGCCACUUUGCAGCCGCAGGAGGAUUUCCACCUGGACCGGUUUUUGGGGAGGUGGUACGAGGCAGCCGUGGUGUCGGAUUGUCCGCAUUACAUGCGCGGCAAGAAGGGAAACCCCGCUAUUGUGGCGCUGGACUUGAAGCGAUUUGGUCAGGCUAGCCUUACGGUGACGGCCACGGCUCCCAGACACGGCUCAUGCCAGCAGACGUCCAACCAAUACGCUUCCACGGACACAGCGGGGAGCUUUUUCUACCACCUUGCAAGACUCGGAGCAGACGUGGGCGUCUCCGUGGUCCACACCGACUACGACGAGUACGCCACGAUGCUUCUGCUGAGCACCGAGAGAACAUCCCAGAACACCACCACCAUCGUCAAACUUUACACUCGAUCUUUGGAUGUGCGGCCUGCGCUGCUGCAUGACUUCAAGACGCUGGUCCAGAAACAAGGCAUGCGUGAAGACGACAUCAUCUUUCAUGAGAAGACUGCUUCAAAUAGUACAUGUUUAUGAAUUAUGAUGUAUGAACAUUGUUUGACCUUUCACAAUAGUCAUUGAUGUGCAGUUGCUAGCAUACAUGUAAUACAUAUUGCAUCAUGCUUGAUAACUUAGUGUGGACAUUUCAUUGCUAAGACGGAUGACUGGCGGCCAUGUUUGUCAACCAUUGUUGGCUCAUGUUCGACUCACAUGUUUUUGUCAGUCCCUUUUUAAAAAUGUGCAAGUUUGGUGAGGAUUGGACUAACCUGGAGUGAGUGUGUCAUUCACUCACUACCUGUAUCAACACUGUCUAUGUAAUGUAAUGUUCACUUUUUUGUAAUUCAAUGAACAUAUUGAAAAAUCUUAUUUGAGGGUUAAAAAUAUUGUAAUGCCUGUGAUGAGGUGGAGACUUGUUCAGGGUGUACACUGCCUUCCGCCCGAACGCAGCUGAAAUAGGCUCCAGCGACCCUGAAAGGCACAAGCGGUAAAAAGUGGAUGGAUGUAUCGUAAUGAACAUGUUUUGUUUUAGCUUUUGAAUAUAUCUGCCAGCACAUAGAUCAUUUACAUUUAUUUUCUUCUCAGCUGUCAACUAGUUUGUCAUCCGGCACAUGUCCUUGGUAGCAAACAUGGUGCUGGCUGGUUGUUUAAUGAUCAAUUAGCACCCUCUAGUGGCAAACACGCUAAUCUGCAAGUGAUCAUCAAAAAAAUCUGGUGAAAUGUGUCAAUGGUCCGAUCUUCACUGAGAACAUGAGAAAAAAUGUUUAUUCAUCAAACAUAUUCAUCUCAUUCUGCUUUAUUUACUUUGUUUCUUCUAUUUGUGGUCUAUAUUUUGUUUAUUUGAAGAAAUGUAUUAAAUUAAUCAAAACCAA